CAGAAGCCUAGUUUAAUUUGGAAGUGUUUACUGUAGCAACGUGCGUCAUAAACUUGUAAAUCACGUGAUAAUUUGUUAUUGACACCGACUCACGUGUCGAUGAGUAUCAAGACGUACAUCAUGACAGUGUUUGUCUUCACAUGGAGAAUGAAGAUAUGAAAUGGAAGACAAACAUUUGAAAGGUGGUUCCAAGAUGGCUGCUGAGUGGGCUGGUCUCCCCGAGGUCAAUCUGGCCAGUAUCUUCAGCUACUUACACCCAUGUGAGAGACUGAAGAUGGGGCAUGUGUGCCAGGCCUGGAACAGGGUACUGUCAGUACCACAUGUCUGGAAAUACUUCACACAUCUGCGUGAUGAUGAAGACUUUGGAACAGACCUUAAAAACGAUGAAAGCUUAAUACUUGGUCUGAUAAGCUGCAUUCAUGAUUACGGGCGAUAUUUCCGACAUGUUGAACUUUCUUUCUGUGACAGUGACUCUUUUGACAUAUUUACAGAAAUCUCGAACACUUGUGCAAAUGUAGAAACCAUUGCUCUCUGCAAUAAUGGAAAAAUUGCAUUUCCAAAUGGUUUCCGAUCACUUAUUCAUGACUUUCUUCAGAGGAACGUACACUUGAAAAGUGUGCAAAUGAGAGGGCUAACCUUUACACCUGCUUCAAAUAAUGAUCCCCUGCCAAUUGGACUGCAACAUUGCCAGACUCUACAGAAGCUGAGUUUGGUGAAUUCCUUCCCUUCCUACUCAGUUAGUUCUCUGAUGUACCUGGUUCACCUUCAGGAACUUGCACUCGAUUACAACCACGUCCAUUACAGCCUCAUCAAGCACCUCGCUGGAAUGUCUCUCACGAUACUCCGCAUCAGACUACACCAACAAAAGCAACGAAUGAAUAAUCUGAGUGAAGACCAGUGGCAGGAUCUGGCUAGUCACAAACAGCUACGAGUGUAUUUUCAUGUGAAAGUCCUGGGCAACUUGGAUGAGGAAUUGUUCAAGCCCAGUGUUCCUCUGGUGUCGCUGGUGCUUAUGACCUUGACCUCUGUGCAUUAUAACAAACUGUGUGAUGCUCUGGCCAACUAUGGCAACAGGCUGGAAGAGUUUGUCAACUACAAUGUUCUGGCUUCCAGCUGUCGCUAUGGCUACAAAGAUGUAGUUUCCAACUCUCAUGACACAAGUAUUGUCAGAAUCGUACAAACAUGUCCCAAGCUACACACUCUUGCAACAAGGGAUGUACUCUCCAGUAGCACACUGCUCAUCAUUGUGUUUCUAAACAAAAAUUUACAAAACUUUCAUAUACAAGAGGAUAUGGUAAGAUUCAGAUUUGAUGUCCCGGAUGAAAUGGUUGUGCCACAGGAAGCGAUCGACUUCGCAAAAGCUAAUUGGGAGGAGAAUAGAAUGGCUUCUGCAGUUUCAAGCUGUCUUGGAAGAGAGUGGAGCCUCAUGCCUAAGAAGGAUUAUGUGGAAACUGUUUCCAAGGAGCAUGAUUUAAUUGUUGGGAAGAGACACAUCUACUUUAUAGAUAAAUCAUAGAGUUGAAUCAUUGAGCAAGUGUACACUGUGACAAAGGAACAUGGCAGUCAAAAACUGGAAAAUCUGUAUUUUUAGGUCACACGAACAACAGUUCCAAUUCAUCACCUGGCAAGCCCUCUACAGUCCUUGUAGACUCGGGAGUAUAAGAUUUGAAAAGUUGAAGAUGCACAAGUGAGAAGUGAUCCCAUUAUCCUCUGAAGAUAAUCCAAGGGUGUGGUCAUUGCCUACAUAUUCAGGAAAUUAGUACAAUGUAGUUGUAUUGACUCUAGAUUCUAAGGGAUCAGCGAGGUAAUGUGUGCUAAAGCAAGUUUAAAGCUGAGCUCAUUCAAAACGGAAGUGUUAGGUCUAAAUUGACUGAAAAGCCUGAUCAAUGAUGAUUUUUGUGUCACUACAUACAGCAACCUUCAAGCUAUAAGAGGGCAGUCUGAAAAUAAUCAAGUCUGGACCUGUAUCAUCACAUGGGUGACAUCAUGGGCAUCAGUCGACACAUUUAGGUCAUUACGACUGACUGACUGAGUUUGGUGUUACGCCGCUUUUAGCAAUAUUCCAGUAACAUCACGGCAGGGGACACCAGAAAUGGGCUUCACACAUUGUACCCAUGUGGGGAUUCGAACCCUGGUCUUCGGCGUGACGAGCCAAUCCUUUAACCACUAGGCUACCCCACCAGCCCCUAGGCCAUUACGACAUGAAUUAAGACACUAAAUAUGACUUGUCAGUCCCUUUCUUGGCCUUCCAGAAGUAUGAAUUUGAAUUUUCGAUGGGCCAGCAGUGUAAUAAAUGUAUGGUCCUCUCUUUCUAACAUGUACAGGUACCUCCUCAGCCACAGUCUAACUGCUGCACAAAUGCGGACUGUGAUGAUCGUCCAUGUCCAGUUGGAACAGAACACAAGCCUCGUCAGCAUGUUUACUGUUUUCAGUCACCCCAUUUGUUCUCGGAUACCUUCACGAGUGAUU